AUAAUCCAGUCAAUUUGACCUAAAAUUCAUUCAAAGAUCUCUCAAAAAAACAUAAAAUAGAAAAACAUACGACUUUGUGCUCAGAAUGGAGAGUUGAAAAUUCAGCCAUGGCUACAAGGUCCGGUCAACGCCUUUUUAAGCCUUUCUUUUGACUUUUUCCACCACCGCCUCUAUAAAUCCCUCUCCCCUUUCUUCAUUUUUCAGCUCAAUCAAAAUUCAAAAUCCUUCUCAUUGCUUCAUCAAUCCGCAAAAUUUAUCUUCAACUUCUCGUUCUGUUCUCACCAGAUUUCCCUUUCCCCUGUUUUUCUGGUUACAUCACGGUGGCGACAACGGCGGCGCUGGCUGAAACUCCUACUGUUCAGUCAAAUAAAUGGAGGGCUCAGAUGGAAGCUAUGGCGGCGCACCGCCGCCAUUUCUGACCAAAACAUACGAGAUGGUGGAUGAUCCGAUGACCAACUCCGUCGUGUCAUGGAGCAAAAGUGGUUACAGCUUCGUGGUUUGGAACCCACCGGAAUUCGCCAAAGAAUUGCUCCCAGUUUAUUUCAAACACAACAAUUUCUCUAGCUUCGUUCGUCAAUUGAACACUUACGGGUUCAGGAAGGUAGAUCGAGAUCAAUGGGAAUUCGCCAACGAAGGGUUCAUAAGAGGACGAACCCAUCUUCUAAAAAGCAUCCAUAGACGCAAACCAAUCUUCAGCCAUAGCCAGAGCCAGAGCCAGAGCCAGAGCCAUGGCAGUGGAGCUCCAUUGUCCGAGCUGGAGAGGCAAGAACUGGAGCUAAAAAUCAAAACCCUUCAUCAAGAAAAGACCAUUCUCCAAACCCAGCUGCAAGAACACGAACAUGAAAAGGAACAAAUCGGGCGUCAAAUUCAAACAAUGUGUCAGCAGAUAUGGCGAAUGGGGAACCAACAGAAGCAGCUGAUAGCAAUAAUGGCGGCGGAGUUGCAGAAGGAUCAGUCGAGGAAAAGGAGAAAGAUAGGGAAAUUGAGUGAGUUUUUGGGUGAGGAAUGGUUGGAAGUUGAGAGAGAUGAGAGGAAUGGGUUGAAGAAUGGUUUGAAGGUUCCGGCAUUGGAGCUGAUGGGGAAGCUGGAAGUGUCGUUGGGGUUGUGUGAGGAUUUGCUGUGCAACGUGGCGGAGGUUCUGGGCGGAGAGAUGAGCGGGAAGAGGAAGGAAAUGGAGGGUAAGGGUGUGAAAGAAGGGGAAAAGAGAGGGGAAAAUGGAGUGAAUGAUGUGUUUUGGGAACAGUUUUUGACAGAGGUUCCGGGGUGUUCCAAUGGUGGGGAAGUUUAUUUGGAUAGAAGGAGUAAUGUUUUAAGGUAGAUUAGGUGUUUGUAAAUGAUUUAGAUUUCCUUCUUUGUUGUUCACAUUACAAUUCAUUACCAUUCUCUUCCGGAAAGGUUCUUAUAAAAUUUGUAGGUUUACGAUAUCUAUGUACAAUAGGAGAGAAUAAAAUACGAGAGGAUUGAUCAGUUGAAUGAGACAAAAUUGAAGAAAGACGACAAACUUUACAAAAGAAAAAGGAGAGAUGAGCGUGGUCGAGUCGAGAGUUUUGUUUAUCUAAGAAAGCCUCUAUUGAGUUUGAUGAGAGUUGUUUACCUAAGAAAAGCGUGGUCGAGUCAGUGUGCAUUGGCUCUUGACUUAGUUCGGAUUCAUAUUUCGUAGUAUGUGAUCAUCUCCUCCUCCUCUUCUUCCAUUGUUUGUGUUUGUUUUUCGAUCGAGGGCUGAUUUGAGUUGUAAUUUCAUGGUGUUUUUUAGCAUUUGGGUGGUCGACUGGCCUUGCUCACAAAAGGCUUCGUUUGUUUGUAAUUUGACUUUUCUAUAUUAGUGACAUUGAGUUUGAAGAA